AUGUUAAUUUCAGUGCUGUUGAUCGCCCUCACGUACCUGAUGCCGCUGUUCGGUGCGAUUGUGUUCAACUCGCCGAAUUGGACGACAUGGGACGACGGAUCAUUCUCGAGCAUCGCGUCGGCCAUUGGAAGCACUGUCCUUUCGACGUGGAUCAUGUUGGCUUCUUUUGGGAGUAAUGCAGGCAUGUACAUCGCGGAGCUGUUUUGCGAAUCGUUCCAGAUCAUGGGAAUGGCUCAAAAUGAGCUUGCGCCGGCGAUUUUUAAAGCACGCAACAAGCGAUUCAACACGCCGCACAAUGCCGUAUUUGCGAGUCUCAUCGUCAUCUUGAUACUUAUCGAGCUCGACUUCAGCGACGUCGUGAACAUGACCAAUGCGCUAUCAGCCUACUACCAGAUGCUGAUUUUUGCAGCAUUUAUCAAGCUGCGCUACACACAUGCGGAACUCAAGCGUCCAUACAAAGGUACGCUAACGGUGUUGUUUGGAAAUAGUGCUUGUGUAUAA